CUCAAAUCUGGAACAAACUUCCCGAAAACUACAAAACAGUCGAAACACUGAGUUUCUUUAAAUGUAGACUAAAAACCCAUUUGUUCGUGUUUGUGGCCAGAGAGGCACGCGAGUGGGCACGUCAUGUGUGAGUGGCGCCUAGACGAAAAACCGCAUUUAAGAAACCGAACUUAUCCAAAUCCCCAAAAAUGCCAUAGUUUUUCUGCAUCUGUCUACUUGAGGGUGCUUAUUGGAAUCUUGCUUCUGCUUUUUUCAGUAUUGUAUUCUCUGUCAUUCAUUUUCUUCUUUUUUCUAUGUGCAAAAGUUGUCCAGCAAACUUUUUCACUUCUCUGGUCUAGUAAGUUGUUCUGCUUCUCUCAGACUCAGGGUCAAGUGGUUUCCCUCUUUAUUCAGCCUUCACCUUCUGUUCCUUAAAUUACUGAUCAACAUGUUUGAAACAUUUCAUAAAAAUAAAAUGUAUCACAUAUUAAAUCAUUUUAAAUAAUAAAAAUAACUAUUUGAAUCACAAAUUAAAAAAAAUCACAUUAUGCUUUAGUUAAUCUUUGUUCACUAUUGAAUAUACGAGUAGGCUAAAUCUAAAAACAUUUAAAUAUUAAAAGUCUAAUACACUUUAAUAGGGCAACAUUUCUUGCCAGUCAUCUCAGAAAAUCCAUUCAUAUAUUAUAUAGAAUCACUACAUAUAGUGAUAUAUUCCAUGCCUUUUUUGUAAUUUUGAUGUUUAUGGCUUAAAGAGAAUGAAGUCAUAAAAAAAAGAUUACAAUACUGUGAAAAAUGUUAUUAUUGAAAACUUAAAACCCCUGCAAAGGUUUCCUGAGCCUUUUAACCAGUGGUUAAAGUCCAGUCCUUGAGCGCUAUCAUCCAGAUAGCAGCCUUAAGAGGAUUGUCAAGGGAAAUCUGUUCCAGAAGAGCCACCACUGACAGAUGAAUGUGAAACAUGGACUAAAGAUUUCACUUUCCCCAUGUGAAGCCACUCCUGAACCAGAGACAGAGUCAUAGGUAUUUUAUGUGACCUGAGGAGAAAAGGAAAUGAACAGCUGCAGUUAAGGGCCGUUAUCAAAGCAAUCCGCCCCCCCCUCCACACACACAAGAUGCUACCCUGGGCAGUUGCCCAUAUCCCCCAUAUCAGAAACCACCACUGUACAUACUGUAGUUCUGACUGUAACUGCAUCAGCAGACAGACUCAAAGGGAGGAGUCUGGAACCAGACUAUAAAACAGCAUCAACAUAAAAAGUUAAACCAUUUUCUACCAGGAAAGAAACCAAGAGCCACAGAUCAUCACAGAUCAACUUCCUGCCAGAAGACAGUCAAGAUGUCCAACUAUCAAAAACUCGAACCAGAGUCCGACCUCAGAGUGGUGCUGGUGGGUCAGGAAAGAGUCGGGAAGAGCUCAGCAGGAAACACCAUCCUAGGAAGGAAGGAGUUUAACUCUGAACUCAGUUUGGUUCCUCUGACUCUGAGCAGUAAGAGGGCAGAAGGAGAUGUUUUGUCUCGUAGAGUCUCUGUGGUGGACACGCCUGGACUCUGCAGUUCUGUUCUUAAACCAGAAGAAGUGAAAGCUGAGAUCCAGAGAGCUGUGGAGCUGAGCUCUCCUGGUCCUCAUGUUUUUCUGCUCACCAUCCAGCUGGGAAGAUUCACUGAACAGGAGAAGAGAGGAUUGGAGAUGCUGCAGGAGAUUCUGGGUCCAGAGGUUUCCAAAAAGACCAUGAUCCUGUUCACCUACGGAGACCGACUGGAACAAACAGGCAUCGAUAUUCAUCAGUUUGUAAAAAGAGAUAAAAACUUGCAGAAACUGCUGAAGAGCUGCAGUGGGAUGUAUCAUGUGUUCAAUAACCAGAAGAUGGAAAACAGGAAGCAGGUCCAGGAUCUGCUGGAAAAAAUAGAUUCACUCAGGAAUGUUGAGGAUCCUGCUCAAGUCAGGGGACUGAUGCAGAAGAUCAACAGCAUGGUUCAGCAAAAUGGAGGAAGUUGUUACACCAUUGAAAUGUUUGAAGAGGCACAGAGAGACAACUCAUUUAUCCGGGCUGCUGCUGCUGCCAGAGCUGCUUGUGCAGCAGGCCUUGGAGCUCUUCUGGGAGGAGGACCGAUGGGAGCUGCUAUUGGAGCAGCAGUGGGAGCUUCACUAGCAGUAAUGAAAGAGAAGGCCUGCAUUAUACAGUGAUGUUAUGUAUGAUGCUUUGGAUACAGCUAAUUUAAUCCUGAUUUUCAUUAUUAACCAAAUAUGUAUCAGUCAUAAAAUAUUUGAUCAUGUAAUUAAUUUGUUAAUAAAUAUUUCAGCAUCUGUGUCUGAGAUGAGUAAG